GACGAUGAGCGUCGCGAAAGGCGUAGUGAUGACCGACGUGAGAAAAGAUCCAGACGCGAGGAUCGCGGUGAAAAAGAAGAGCGUGAGGAACGUGACCGUGACAAGGAUCGAGAAAAAGAUAGAGACAGGGAUAGAGAUCGCGAGGACCGUGAUAGGGAUCGAAUGGAAAUCAAGCAAGAAGUGAUGGAAUCAGCUGCUAAUGAGGAACCACCACCUCCGGGAGUGGAUAUGCCACCUACCGCUUAG